AUGGGAAUCACUGAAGUACAAUGGAAAGGUAAUUAUUAUACUUGGACCAAUAAACAGAUAAGUAAUGCCAGAAUUGCUAGUAGAAUUGACAGAGCCUUUGGGAAUGUUACUUGGAUGGAUAAAUGGGGUCAUGCUGCUAUAGAAUCUGGGAAUCCAGGUGUGUCUGAUCAUAUCCCUAUGCAUUUUCUACUUCAUCAAAGUUAUCAUCAGAUCAAAGUGAGUUUUAAGUUAUUUAAUGUUUUGAUUGAACAUAAAUCCUUUUUGGAACUGGUGGAUAAAGUCUGGAAGCAGAAGCAUGGAAGUGAAGUAAUGAAGGAGAUAUGGUAUAAUUUAAAGGAACUCCAACCAGUCUUGAGACAAUUGAAUAGGAAAGAGUUCCAAUACAUAGGCCAGAAUAUUGAGAAGAAAAGAAUUGAACUUGUAGAACUUCAAGAGCAGCUAUAUAGCCAGGCAAGUGAUGAGCUAUUUACUAAAGAGAAGGACUUACUAAUAAAGGUGGAUAAGUGGUCAAUGAUAGAGGAAAGUGCUUUAAGACAAAAAGCAAGAGCAAGAUGGAUUACACUGGGAGAUGCAAAGAACAAGUACUUCAGUUCAGUGAUAAAGGAGAGAAAUCAAAAGAAGCAUAUUAGAAGUAAACUUCCAGCUAUAAAUGCUCAGGUGAUGAAAAGAGGACCUGUAUCAUCAAGGCAACAAAGAAUUCAAUUAUGUACAGACAUAACAGAGCAGGAGAUUUAUUCAACAUUGCAGUCUUAUGGGAAUGAUAAGGCUCCAGGUAUAGAUGGCUAUAAUGCACUUUUCUUUAAGCAUACUUGGAAGAUUAUUAAAAAGGAUGUUAUUGAGGCUGUCAAAAACUUCUUCACAACAGGAAAGUUGUUUAAGCCUUUCAACUGCACUCUUGUUUCUUUAAUUCCAAAGGUUCAAUGUCCUAAAACUGUGAAGGAGUAUACGCCAAUUGCUUGUUGCACUGUACUUUAUAAAAUCAUUUCAAAGGUGAUAACAAGAAGAAUGCAUGAUGUUAUUCAUGAUGUUAUAUGUGAGAGUCAGGCUGGAUUCAUACCAGGGAGAAAGAUUGCAGAUAACAUUAUUCUGGCUCAUGAAUUGGUCAAGACUUAUACUAGGAAGAAUAUUUCUCCUAGAAUCAUUCUUAAGAUUGAUCUACAUAAAGCCUAUGAUUCAGUUGAGUGGCCUUUUUUAGAACAAGUAAUGGUAGGCUUGGGAUUCCCAGAGAUGUUUAUUCAGUAG